GAGGGGGGUGUUAAGGACCCAGGAAGGUCUCCGCAACACGUUUAACCCUCCAUGUCUGUGCCCUCCUCAGCAAUGGAAACAAACAACCAUUUUGGCUUCGCCGGCCUGCCCUCCGCCCCCACCGCCUCAGGACUGAAACCCACGCCCGCCUCAGGGGACAGCCUCUACGCCAAUGGCGCGCCCACCGCCUUCCCACCGCCAGGGAAAGGUCUGAACGGGGACAUGAAUGUCAAUGGCUUAUCUACUGUAUCACACGCUAGUACUUCAGGGACCUUCAACUCGGCCACCCAUUCCCCGGCCGCCCCCCCCCUGCACCCCUGCGACUAUCUCUGGAACUACUCACAGUACCCGGCAUCUGGCGCCAGCGGCCUCAAGGACAGCCCCGGCCUUGGGCAGUACCCGCUCAAUGGGCUGCUGAGUGGUGGGCAGCCCCCAUCACCCGGGCACAGCCCAGCCCUGCGGGGAGGAGCCGAGUUCUGGGGCAACGGGACGCCUGGCUCCAUGGGGCUGAACUUUGACUCUCAAGAGCUGUACGACUCCUUCCCUGACCAGAGCUUUGAGCUCCUGCCCAACGGCCCAAGCAGCUUCUACACGGCCUCCCAGCCCUCCCCCAUGCUGGGCACCAGUGGCCAGGCCUUCUCACCGCCCCACUGCCCGCAGGAUGAUCCCAACACUGGUGCAGAGGGGGCACCUGCGGGGGGCAAGGACAUACCACCCGCUGUCUCAGAGAAUGGGGCCGGCCUGGUGGGGAGCCUGGAGCUGGAGGACACACAGGCAGACCUGAAGAUGUGCGGCUACAACGGCUCAGCCCCGUCCAUGGAGCCGCUCAGCCGGGACGCCUCUGUCCUGGCACCUGAUGCAGCCGGGGGCUGCCUGGGGGGCGCCUCCCCCAUGGGGGCCCCUCUGGAGGGUGCCCACAUGCUAAGUGAGGAGCCCCUGGAGCCCUUCGAGUCUCUGGCUAGAGACCCAGGCACGGGCGACCCAUACGAGAUGGACUCCUCGCAGCUGGUGAGCGACAAGUCCCCGCUGGAGGAGCCACCCGACAUCUCAGCCCUGACGCCUGCUGGCUCCUUUGCGCUGCUGGCAGACGACAGCCAGGCCUCGUCCUCCUCGCUCUUCGCCAGCCCCCGCUCCCCGCCUGUCCUGGGGGAGUCUGUCCUGCAAGACAGCAGCUUGGACUUGAACCACGGCAGCGACCCUGGCCCAGAGGAGCCAGAGCCCCUGGAGCUCGAACCCCCACUGGCACCUGAGUCCCCAGCUCGGUCCCCCUCCCCCGAGGAGGAGGAAGAGAGGGAUGAAGAAGCUUGUGAUGAGGGGUGCCCGGAGGUGUCUGCUGCCCCUGAAGUAGACGGUGAGGAGGCUGCACCACUCAGCACAUCAGUCAGCGGUAAGCACCAGGGCCCCCUGCAUGCCCUACCCCCCCGGAGCAUGUUAACUAGCACGUGUCCUCUCCCAGCAGCCGAGACCCCACGCCGCCGCAUUGCAACGGAGGAGGAGGUGCGCUUCCCCCUGCAGCACGGGUGGCGCCGGGAGGUGCGCAUCAAGAAGGGCAACCACCGCUGGCAGGGAGAGACCUGGUACUACGGACCCUGUGGCAAGCGCAUGAAGCAGUUCCCUGAGGUCAUCAAGUACCUGAGCCGCAAUGCGGCACUGGCUGUACGGCGCGAGCAUUUCAGCUUCAGCCCUCGCAUGCCUGUCGGAGACUUCUAUGAGGAGCGUGACAUGCCCGAGGGCCUGCAGUGGGUGCGGCUGACCCCGGACGAGAUCCCUGCCCGCAUCCAGGCCAUCACGGGCAAGCGCGGGCGCCCCCGCAAUGCUGAGAAGGCCCAACCCAAAGACCCUCCAGCCGCCAAGCGAGGCAGGGGCCGUCCCCCCAAGGUCCGCAUGCUCGACCUGCUCAGCAAGACGGAUGCCCGACUACUCCGCCGGCUGGAAGCCCAAGAGGUACUCAGUGAUGAGGACAAGCUGAAGAUGAGCAAGAUCAAGAAAAAGAUGAGGCGGAAGGCGAAGAACAAGCAGAAGCAGGAGGCCAAAGCACCCAAAGCCAAGGAGGCCAAGAGGAAGGGCAAGGCUAAGGAGAAGCGGGGCAAGGCGGAGAAGGCCAAGGAGAAGCCACGGGCCAAGGACAAGAAGGGCAAGGGGGGGCGCAAAGCUGACAAGAUGCUGCUGGCCCAGCGGCGGGCAGAGGAGCGGCGCCGCCACCAGAGCAUCCUGGAGGAGAUGAAGAAGCCCACGGAGGAUAUGUGCCUGGGGGAUCAUCAGCCCCUGCCCACCUUCUCCCGCAUCCCUGGCCUGGUGCUGCCCAGCACUGCCUUCUCAGCCUGCUUGGCCACCGUGGAGUUCCUGCACAGCUACGGCAAAGUGCUCGGCUUCGACGUGCCCCGCGAUGUGCCCAGCCUGGGCACCCUGCAAGAUGGGCUGCUGGGGCUGGGCCAGGGGCCUGGCCAGCUCCAGGACCUGCUGGUGCGGCUGCUGCAGGCCGCGCUCUACGAUCCCGGCCUGCCCGCCUACUGCCAGUCUCUGAAGAUCCUGGGGGAGAAGGUGUCUGAGAUCAGCCUGACACGGGACACAGUCUCUGAGAUCCUGCGAUGCUUCCUGGCAGCGCACGGGGCGGGGGCGGAGCUGUGCACGGGGCUGCACACACAGCCCUUCCAGGCGCUGCCUCCUGAGCACAAGGCGGCCGUCCUGGCCUUCCUCAUCAACGAGCUCAACAGCAGCGCCCUCAUCAUCAACGAAAUUGACAAAACGCUGGAGAGCAUGUCCAACUAUCGCAAGAACAAGUGGAUCAUCGAGGGCAAGCUGCGCAGGCUGAAGCUGUCCCUGGCCAGGAAGACUGGGCAUGCUGAGGGUGAGCUGCCAAAUCCGGAUGAGGGGCGGCGCCGGCGCAGCUCCCGCCUCACGGAGGAGAACAGUGGCCUGGAGCCGGAGGAGGAUGAUGAGACCCGGGGUCACAAGUCCCGCAAGGAGGAGGAGGCUGAGGCGUCCGCGUCCAGCAUCCCCGAGCUGGAGCGGCAGAUCGAGAAGCUCACCAAGAGGCAGCUGUUCUUCCGGAAGAAACUGCUGCAGGCAUCGCAGACACUGCGUGCGGCCUCGCUGGGCCAGGACCGGUACCAGCGCCAGUACUGGGUGCUGCCCCACCUGGGCGGCAUCUUCGUGGAGGGCACUGCAAGUGCUGCAGCCAUGGAAGAUGCUCUAAAGCCAGAGCUGCUGCCAGAUGAGGCACCCCCGCCCCCCACGGUGAAGCCGGAGCCCGCAGAGACACCAGUCAGCGGCCGACCCAGCUGUGCAGCGGUGCGGGCACGGGGCCGGCCCCGCAAGAGCCGGGAGGAGCCGGUGGGGCCCCCCCCUCAGCCCCCCCCCAACGGGCUGCUGGAAGAGCCGGGGCCAGGGCUAGGGCUGGGCCAGCACGACCUCACACAGUCAGCCUUCCUGUCCUGGCUGAGCCAGACACAGGCCGCCCUGCUGCACAGUGCUGUGCUCACCCCUGAGAGCAGCCCCGGGGCAGGGGAUGCGGGGCCCCCCCCUGCCCCAUCCCCAGGGCCCGAGGACAGCACCGCUGACCAACCAGGGGGGCCUUGGUUCAACCUGCUGCCCCGCACGCCCUGUGCCAACCCCACGGGCCCCAUCACUACCUCCCCUCUGGACCAGCCCACAGCCCCAGGCAGGCAGCCCAGCGGCCUCCCUGGCCACGACAGCCCCACGUCGCCCCCUCCUGCAUCUGCCCCCACCAGCCCCCGGCCCCAUGGCACCUUUCCCCAGGGCCGUGGCAGCCUGGAGAAGACCCCAGAGGCACUGGGGCCCGGGCAGCCCAAGCGCCGUGGCCGUCCCCCCACCAAGUUCUUCAAGCAGAUCGAGCAGAAGUACUUGACCCAGCUGAUGGCGCAGCCUGUACCCCCAGAGAUGCAGAGUGGCUGGUGGUGGCUGCGGGAGCCCGAGGAGCUGGAGGCAGUGGCACGGGCCCUGCACCCCCGUGGCAUCCGUGAGAAGGCACUGCACAAGCACUUGGCCAAGCACAAGGACUUCCUGCGUGAGGUCUGCCAGCGCCUUCCCACUGACCCCAUCUUCCAGGCAGGCACAAGCCCUGCGGCCCCGGCAGGCUGGUCGGCAAUGGAGCGGGCCUUUGAGGCAGACCUGGACGUGCUGCGGCGGGUGGAGGAGCUGGAGCAGCGGGUGCUACAGGCCGACCUGCAGAUCCGGGGCUGGAUGUGCCCGAGCCCGGACUCCGUGCGGGGUGACCUGCAGUACUGCGAGCACAAGACAGAGGCACUGGAGGAGCUGGGGGGCCGGGGCCGGCGGGAGGGACCGGUGCCACGGCGCGAGGCCUCCAACCCACUGGAUCUGGCUGUGCUGCGCCUCGGCGCCCUGGAGCAGAACGUGGAGCGGCGCUACCUGAAGGAGCCACUCUGGGCCCCCCACGACGUGGUGCUGGAGAAGGCGCUGCUCAGCGGCCCCUCAGGCUCUGACCUGGGCGGCGCUGAGAUCACGUACGAGAUCACGCCCCGCAUGCGGACAUGGCGCCAGACACUGGAGCGGUGUCGGAGUGCAGCCCAAGUUUCACUCUGCAUCUGCCAGCUGGAGAAGUCCAUUGCCUGGGAGAAGUCCGUCAACAAAGUGACCUGCCUCGUUUGCCGGCGAGGGGAUGAUGACGAGCACCUUCUGCUGUGCGAUGGCUGCGACCGCGGCUGCCACCUCUACUGCCACCGGCCCAAGAUGGCAGCUGUGCCUGAGGGCGACUGGUUCUGCUCCAUCUGCUUGGCCCAGGCCUCAGGCGAAUACCCACCAGAGCCCGGCUCCCCAUGGCGGGGCAAGAAGCGGAAACGGGGGCGACUCUUUGGGGGGGGCUUCGCAGAGGAGGAUGAGAGCCCUCGGCGCCGGGCAGGGCCGUGCCGCGACCCCCCGGCCGUGCCCCGCUACUCCGGAGAGGGGCUGUCGCCUGCCAAGCGGAGGAGAGUGUCUCCACGGGGCCAGAGCAACGACCUGACCUUCUGCGAGAUCAUCCUGAUGGAGAUGGAGGCCCAUGAGGAUGCCUGGCCCUUCCUGGAGCCCGUCAACCCCCGCCUGGUGCCCGGCUACCGCAAGAUCAUCAAGAACCCCAUGGACUUCGCCACCAUGCGCACGCGGCUGCUUCGAGGCGGGUACAUGAGCUCGGAGGAGUUCUUGGCCGAUGCACUGCUGGUGUUCGACAACUGCCAGACUUUCAACGAGGAUGAGUCGGAGGUGGGCCGCGCCGGGCGCACCAUGCGCCGCUUCUUCGAGAGCCGCUGGGAGGAGUUUUAUCAGGGAAAGCAGCCGGCUCCUGCCCUGUGAGGCUGUGCCGGGCCGGCGCUUUUGGGGGAACGCCCCUUGGCCCAGC